UCUUUCCUGAGUUGCCGACCGCCGCAAAACUCCACAAAUGAAGAAGAAGAAGGUCGUGUGAAGAUUAGCUUUGCGUUUAGCUUUUCACGUUUGUCUUUAAAGUUAAGUUUUAGUUUGAAGCUUUAAGACAGUUUCCACGCACACGGAGUCAUGGCGUCUAUGUCCAGCUAUGCUGUGCGCAUGGCCCGGCUGAGUGCGCAGAUCUUUGGUGAAGUCGCCCAUCCGACGGACUCCAGGUCCAUGAAGGUGGUCCAGCUUUUCCGAGAGCCUCCCCUGGCCAGGAGGAAGGAGGUGUACGACUGGUACCCACAGCACCGGGUCUACUACAUCCUCACCCAGAAGCUGAGGUUCAUGGGACUCUUCAGAGAUGAGCAUGAAGACUUUAAGGACGAGAUGCGUCGCCUGCGGAAACUUCGAGGCAAAGGGAAGCCAAAGAAGGGAGAAGGGAAGCGAGCCGCCAAGAAGCAUUGACUCUUGAGAGAUAGA